AUGAGUUAUUUUUUACCUCACUUAAGAACAGGAUGGUUAAUAAACAUAAAAAUAAUAUGUAGAAAUAAGGGACUAACAUGUCAUUAUAGGCAUGUUGAUCAAGCCAUUUUGUCAGAAGAAGAGCGUCUUGUCGUUAUUCGGUUUGGCCGGGAUGGGGAUGAGGAAUGUAUGAGACAAGAUGAAGUUUUAUAUAAAAUAGCAGAGAAAGUUGUUAAUUUUGCGGUUAUUUAUCUUGUCGAUAUUGACGAAGUUCCGGAUUUCAAGCAGAUGUAUGAAUUGUACGAUCGCUGUACAAUUAUGUUUUUCUAUAGAAACAAGCAUAUGAUGAUUGAUCUAGGAACUGGAAAUAAUAAUAAGAUCAAUUGGGCUCUUGAAGAUAAACAAGAACUCAUUGAUAUAUUUGAAACCGUCUAUAAGGGUGCACGUAAAGGAAGAGGUCUUGUAAUAAGUCCAAAAGAUUAUUCAACAAAAUAUAAAUACUAA